ACACUUCUCAUUAAUACGCCUAACAGCCGUCUCGGUGCUUAUCCAUGCCAAUCAGCAAACACUUACACAUUUUAGAAGAGAAUCACGCGGCGGAGAUAAUGAAGAUCGGAGUAGUUGGUAGCGGCCAAAUGGGCUCCGGAAUUGCUCAACUCGCCGCCGUAAAUGGUCUUCAUGUCUGGCUUCUUGACACCGAUUCUUCCGCUCUCUCCAGAGCUUCUAAAUCCAUCGCCGAUAAUAUCCGUCGCCUCAUCUCCAAAGGCUACCUCUCUCAGGCAGUUGGUAAUGAUGCUUUGGAGCGUCUACAUUGUACCUCAAAUUUGGAAGAAUUGCAUAUGACAGAUAUUGUUAUUGAAGCUAUUAUGGAAUCUGAAGAUGUGAAGAAAAAGUUGUUUCUUGAACUGGAUAAGAUUGUGAAAAGUUCUGCCAUCUUGGCUUCCAAUACAAGUUCCAUCUCUAUUACUCGGCUAGCAUCGGCGACUAGCAGGCCAAGCCAGGUGAUUGGGAUGCACUUUAUGAAUCCUCCACCUAUAAUGAAAUUGGUUGAGAUUGUACGUGGUGCAGACACUUCAGAUAAGACAUUUUCUGCAACCAAAGUCUUGGCGGAGAGGUUUGGCAAGAUAGUUAUAUGCUCUCAGGACUUUCCCGGCUUCGUUGUGAACCGGAUCCUAAUGCCAAUGAUAAACGAAGCAUUUUAUACUCUUUAUACUGGAGUAGCAACAAAGGAGGACAUUGAUACAGGAAUGAAAUUAGGGACAAACCAUCCGAUGGGUCCUUUACAGCUUGCUGAUUUCAUUGGAUUGGAUGUCUGCCUGUCCAUAAUGAAAGUACUUCAUACCGGUUUUGGUGAUAGUAAGUAUGCUCCCUGCCCUCUUCUACUGCAGUAUGUUGAUGCAGGUCGGCUUGGAAGAAAACGUGGCAUUGGUGUGUAUGAUUACCGUAAAGCAACAGAACAAGAAAAACCCUCAGCACGGCUUUGAAAUGCCAUCAAUUUUUGCCGUGCUUUGUGAAUAAGAUGCAAAAACUUACCUCUUGAGGCAAUCCCGUAGACAAUAAAUUCGGAUUAUACGAUGCUUCGCUUCUUGUAGUCGGCCCGUAAUGCCUCCGCCUUGCUUCUUUCUCAUCCGCUUGUUUUUUUCUUCCUUUGCUCUCUUUGUAGAUCGAGAAUAUACAGGAUUACAAUCAUAUCAAAUCAGCAUCUACAAGGUUUAUCCGAUUCAUUCCUUGUACGAAUAUGUUUAUUAUUUUCUUCUAACAUUUCUGUGUAUAUAUGUAAUCUGCAACAAGUAAUACAAGAUGUACAGGUUUUUUUAA